UCUUGUCGAGAAAUUCGUGGUCACACUGUUCUACACUUUUAUUGACGGGGCUGGAAAAUUUUUGUGAAAACGCAGAAAAAAAGUACAAUAGAAAUAAAUAAUUUCGCAACUAAUUGUACUUUAAACAUCACAAAACAAUGAAUAUGUAUAACGGACAGGUUAAUACCUACGGAGGAGGGGCAGGUGCAAUAGGCGGCAUGCCCCCCAAUCGCAUGGGGGGCCCAGGCGGUGGGGCGGCUGGCGUUGGAAUGUUCCAGCGCAAUCGCUCGGCACCGUACCCCGGCUUUGCCGGACCCAGCAAUGGCGGCCCACGUCGCAUGAACGGCACUGGACAAGGUCCACGCAUGGAUCACGGUUUCGGCGGCAAUCAGAAUAACCGCACCUCUACACACGGCGCACAUUUGCCGAAGAUAAUCUGGUCCGAGGUGAGUCUGACUCCGUUCCGCAAGAACUUCUACAAGCCGUGCGACACGGUGCUAGCCAGGACCCAGGGGGAAACCGAGAGCUUCCUCACAAACAACGAGAUCACCAUCAAGGGGGAUCAGGUGCCAACACCCAGCAUCGACUUCGAAGAGGGCGGCUUUCCAGACUACGUGAUGAACGAAAUUCGCAAGCAGGGCUUCGCCAAGCCAACCGCCAUCCAGGCGCAGGGUUGGCCAAUUGCCUUGAGUGGACGCGAUCUGGUGGGUGUGGCCCAGACUGGGUCGGGCAAGACACUUGCCUAUGUGCUGCCCGCAGUGGUGCACAUAAAUAACCAGCCGCGCCUGGAGCGUGGUGAUGGACCCAUUGCCCUGGUUCUGGCUCCCACUCGCGAGCUGGCCCAACAGAUACAGCAGGUUGCCAUUGAGUUUGGCAGCAACACGCAUGUACGCAAUACAUGCAUCUUUGGCGGAGCCCCCAAGGGUCAGCAGGCCAGGGACUUGGAGCGAGGCGUGGAGAUCGUGAUUGCCACACCGGGACGGCUCAUCGACUUCCUCGAGCGGGGCACCACCACGCUGAAGCGAUGCACCUACCUGGUGCUGGAUGAGGCCGAUCGCAUGCUGGACAUGGGAUUCGAGCCUCAGAUCAGGAAGAUCAUGCAGCAGAUCCGUCCGGAUCGCCAAGUGCUGAUGUGGUCCGCCACCUGGCCCAAGGAAGUGCGUCAGCUGGCCGAGGAGUUCCUCACAAACUACAUACAGGUCAACAUUGGGUCGCUCACGCUGAGUGCCAACCACAACAUAUUGCAGAUUGUUGAUGUUUGCGAUGAGAGCGAAAAGCUGGGAAAGCUGAUCAAGCUACUGUCGGACAUUUCGGCCGAAAACGAGACCAAGACCAUCAUCUUCGUGGAGACCAAGAAGCGAGUGGAUGAGAUAACUCGCAAUAUCUCGCGUCAGGGAUGGCGUGCAUGCGCCAUUCACGGCGACAAGUCGCAGCAGGAGCGCGACUUUGUACUGUCCAGCUUCCGUAAUGGACGUCACUCGAUCUUGGUCGCCACAGAUGUGGCUGCUCGCGGACUGGACGUUGACGAUGUCAAGUUCGUCAUAAACUACGAUUAUCCUUCGAACUCUGAGGACUAUGUGCAUCGCAUCGGGCGCACCGGAAGAUCGAACAACACGGGCACAGCAUACACCUUGUUCACGCACUCGAAUGCCAACAAGGCCAAUGAUUUGAUCCAAGUACUCCGCGAGGCUAAUCAGGAGAUAAAUCCAAAGCUGCUGAACAUGUCCAUGAGCGGAGGCUACAAGCGCGGAGGUGGAAUGGGCGGCGGUUACCGCGGCGGCAAUGGCUACCAAGGUCGCAACCAGCAGAUGGGCGGAGGCUACAACGGCGGCAAUAACUAUCGCAACAAUAAUGCCAGUGGCGGCAACAUGAAUCGCAAUGGUUUCAACGGCGGUGGUGGCGCUCCACGCUUCGAUCAGAAGCCGCGCACAUCGCCACCCAAUCCGGGCGGCAAUGGCGGCUAUCGUCCCCAGGGCCACCAGGGAUAUCAGCCCCAGCAACAGCAGCAGCAACAGAAUGGAGCUGCCUUCUCGCGCUUUAAUCCCAAUGCCGCUUGUUUCGAGCCGAAGGUACAGAACGGUCCAGGCGCACCGCAGCAGGCAAAUCCACAACAGCAGCAGCUCAAUGCGCAGCAGCAGCAGCCUCUGCUGCCCGACGCCGUUGCCCACGCAGCCAUGGCAGCGGCUGCCAACUAUGGCAUUGACCAGAAGCGCUCCCGCUUUUCGCCGUACAACAUGAACUUUUCGAACAUGCCGCCGCCGCCAGUGAACCAGCAGCAGCAUCCCCAGCAACAGCAGCAGCAGGCACAGCAGCCACAUCAGCAGCAGCAGCAGCAGCAGCAGGCGGCGGUGGCUGCCGGAGCCGCAGGAGGCAUGCCUCCUCAGGCGUAUGGACAGUAUUCCUCAAUGUCCUCCAGCAUGGCGACAGUUUCCCUUAACGGUGGACCGACAAGCAUGCCCAACUCCUACCGCCCCCAGUAUGCUGUGCCCACACAGGCGCCACCCUACAUGAUGGCCAACGGCGCCGACAUCUACGCUUAUCCGCCACCCCCGUUGCCCGUACAAAACUAAAUUACACAGACAAAGCCAUUUCAAAAGAAGCUAUCAAACUGUAGGCCCUGCUCUGCUGUAUUUAAUUUAGCUUAAAACAACACACAAACACACACACAUCCCCUACACACACACAGAAACCCAGACCUAUUUGGAAGACGCACACCGAUCAGGAGUCCGAAAUUCUGAUCGAGAGCGACGUCAUUGAUACGUUCUUCUGUGUAGAUCUCCGCCCACGUCUUAGCUAUAUAAUAUGGUUUAAACUGGAAUCAAAUACGCUUUUAAUUUGAUAAAUCUCAUCGUUUUCCUUAACCCCAAUUAGUUGAUAAGAUUUUGGUUUAGUCAAAUUUGUAGGGCAUUCGAGUGCCGAUCAGCAAUAUUGUUGGCAUUUAUAUUUCCACGGCCCUGGGCGUAUUUGAUUUCAUUAUACAAUUCUCGAAUAUUGUAUGUACUGUUCAUUCGACGACACACACACACUGCAACUAAAUGUUUGCGAUGCUCUCCAAACAACCAAAAA